UAGCUACAAGUUACUGGACUGUAGGUGGGAGCUUAUCAUCAGUGGAACUGCUUGCUUGGCAUCGAGUAGCAUUAUCAAGCCUCCACUGGCAAUUCUGAAUGCACAAGCUAAAAGAUUUUCGGAAACUUGAUCCCACCGGGAGGAGCCUGACUGUCAUCAAUACCUUCGAGAAAACACAGGAAUGCCUCGGUCCCUAGCUUUUCACAGAGCUAAAAAACUCCCUCAGCUCUGGCCAACUUUUAUGAAAAAGGUGGUGGUGCUCUUUUCAUUCAUUUGCCUGUAAAACCCAGGGCAAUUAUUGAGGAGGCUAUGAAUGGAAUUGGCAGCAAGAAAUGCCACAAGGUGGUGGUGAUUGGUGCGGGAAUGGCUGGCAUUUCGGCCGCUCACUAUUUGGUGGAAAACGGCGUGAGUGACGUGAUCCUCGUGGAGGCCAGUGACAGAAUUGGCGGCAGAAUCCAGACCAUUUUCAGGGAAGGCAAACCAUUGGAACUUGGAGCAGAGUGGAUAUUUGGUGGAUGUCCGUCAAAUUCUCUAUUCAACUUGGCAAACAGAUUGAAGUUGCUGGGGCGAGAGAUCCAAAGGCUCAAUGACAUCGAUGAGACAGUGCAAUGGCCAAACACGGUGGGAUACAUUUAUCGAAGCAAUGGCCUGCCAUUAUCCGAGGAAUCGACUCAAAAGGCCUACGAGGUUUUCAAUGCCAUUCGCGACGAAAUCCAAGGAUAUUUCCAAAAGGAGUACAAAGUGGCUGGUGAAGAAAUGCAGAGGAAGGGCAGAGCGUCGGUGGAUGUGUCCACCGCUGCCUUUGAAAAGACCAGACUCUUGACCUUCUACGACAGCAGAGUUUUGAAAGCCUUGGCGUACCUCAAGGUCAAUGAGAAGUUCGCUGCAGUCAAUUUAAAACAAGUCGAAGCGGCAUUGUCAGGUUUUCGAAACACCCUGUCCAUCUCGUUGGGCGAGGACUUGGAUCAGAUCAGAUUGGAGCUAACGGGAUCCAGUGUUCACCUACCGGGUGGCAACAUUUUGGUUCCAGGUGGAAUGGUGGGCGUCCUGGAAGCUCUCGUUCAAGAUCUACCCAAGAACUCACUCCGAUUCGGUCGAAAGGUCACGGGCAUUGAUUGGUCGUUCCAUUCUCGGGAUCCACUUCUAAUGGACAAGAUCCACGUGGAAUGUUCCGUGCAAACCAACAUGGGGAGCCAGACUGAAGAUUACUUCGCAGACUAUGUUGUCAGUACCUUGCCUCUUGGUGUUUUGAGACAUCAAUUCUCUAGACUCUUUCAUCCGGCCUUGCCAAGCUCAAAGGUCCAAGCCGUUCAAAGCAUCGGUUGUGGCCACAUGUCCAAGAUAUUUUUGGAAUUCCUCAGCCCUUGGUGGGCCCCAGGCGAAGGUGGAAUCACUUUGGCAUGGACCAAUGAGGAGCUUCGCCAUCGAAUGCUCCCCAGAGAUUGGUAUUUGUACAUAAGUCAUUUUUCCGAGGUGGAAGGACAUCCCAAUCUCUUGGCUUGUUGGAUUGCCUCCUCUGGAGCCCGAAUCGCCGACCAGCUCUCCAACUCGGACCUCAUGGACAGAAUCAUAUGGGUGCUUCAAAAGUUCACCGGCGAUCCGGGUCUACCCGGCCCGGUGAAGCUAUUUCGUGCCACGUGGUCAACCAUGGACAAUUUCUUGGGCUCAACGUCCUUCUCUCAAUUGGCUACGGAAGAAGCGGACUUUCAUGAGCUUUCGCAGCCUCUUCCCAGUGCGACCUCGCCCCGACUCUUAUUCGCUGGAGAAGCCACUCAUUCCCGGUAUUGGGGAACCCUCCACGGGGCUCGACUCAGUGGGAUCCGUGAAGCGAAACGGGUCCUAGAUCGCAUCACCGAAGUCGACAUUUUGGCAGCCAAAAUGACGCAAAUGGCGACCAGCCCCCCUCCAACGCCACCUCACAAUGCUGGCUAUAAGAAACCUCCGCUUCCACCCCCUUCUCCGUCGAAUUUUCGGGCUUCGAUGAAAACUGGCAAUCAUGUUCGAUUUAGACUGGAUAGAUUUGGCGGGUCCCCGGGAUAACUUGGAUAUAGGAAAAUAUAGGCAUGAAUAUCAUUGA